GCGCUGAGCCGCGGCGCCCGACGCCCCCGGAGCGGGCGGGCGGGCGGGAGGAUGACCAUGGCCGGCGGCCGGCGGGGACUGGUGGCCCCGCAGAACACGUUUCUGGAGAACAUCGUGCGGCGCUCCAACGACACUAACUUCGUGCUGGGCAAUGCCCAGAUAGUGGACUGGCCCAUCGUGUACAGCAAUGACGGAUUCUGCAAGUUGUCCGGCUACCACCGCGCGGAGGUGAUGCAGAAAAGCAGCGCCUGCAGCUUCAUGUACGGGGAGCUGACUGACAAGGACACGGUCGAGAAGGUGCGCCAGACCUUUGAGAACUACGAGAUGAAUUCCUUCGAGAUCCUGAUGUACAAGAAGAACAGGACACCGGUGUGGUUUUUUGUGAAGAUCGCUCCGAUCCGGAAUGAGCAGGAUAAAGUGGUUCUGUUCCUCUGCACUUUCAGUGAUAUCACCGCGUUCAAGCAGCCGAUCGAGGACGACUCAUGCAAAGGUUGGGGCAAGUUCGCUCGGCUGACCAGAGCUCUGACCAGCAGCAGGGGGGUCCUGCAGCAGCUGGCGCCCAGUGUGCAGAGGGGCGAGAACGUCCACAAGCACUCACGCCUGGCAGAGGUCCUGCAGCUGGGCUCAGACAUCCUUCCACAGUACAAGCAAGAAGCUCCAAAGACACCCCCCCACAUCAUCUUACACUACUGCGUCUUUAAGACCACGUGGGAUUGGAUCAUCUUGAUCUUGACCUUCUACACGGCCAUCCUGGUCCCUUACAACGUGUCCUUUAAGACCAGGCAGAAUAAUGUGGCCUGGCUGGUGGUGGACAGCAUCGUGGACGUGAUCUUCUUAGUGGACAUUGUCCUGAACUUCCACACCACCUUUGUGGGGCCGGCGGGGGAGGUGAUCUCUGACCCCAAACUUAUCCGAAUGAACUACCUGAAGACGUGGUUUGUCAUUGACCUCCUGUCCUGCUUGCCGUACGACGUCAUCAACGCUUUUGAGAACGUGGAUGAGGUUAGUGCCUUUAUGGGUGAUCCAGGGAAGAUUGGUUUUGCUGAUCAGAUUCCGCCACCACUGGAGGGGAGAGAGAGUCAGGGCAUCAGCAGCCUGUUCAGUUCCCUGAAGGUCGUGCGGCUGCUGCGCCUCGGGCGCGUGGCCCGCAAGCUGGACCACUACAUCGAGUACGGCGCUGCGGUGCUGGUGCUGCUGGUGUGCGUGUUCGGGCUGGCCGCCCACUGGAUGGCCUGCAUCUGGUACAGCAUUGGCGACUAUGAGAUCUUUGACGAGGACACCAAGACGAUCCGCAACAACAGCUGGCUCUACCAGCUGGCCGUGGACACGGGCACGCCAUACCAGUUUAACGGCUCCGGCUCGGGGAAGUGGGAAGGCGGCCCGAGCAAGAACUCCGUGUACAUCUCCUCGCUCUACUUCACCAUGACCAGCCUCACCAGCGUGGGCUUUGGGAACAUCGCCCCGUCCACAGACAUCGAGAAGAUCUUCGCAGUGGCCAUCAUGAUGAUUGGCUCUCUUCUGUACGCCACCAUCUUUGGGAACGUGACAACCAUUUUCCAGCAGAUGUACGCCAACACCAACAGGUACCACGAGAUGCUCAACAGCGUCCGGGACUUCCUGAAGCUCUACCAGGUGCCCAAAGGGCUGAGCGAGCGCGUCAUGGACUACAUCGUGUCCACCUGGUCCAUGUCCCGAGGCAUCGACACGGAGAAGGUCCUGCAGGUCUGCCCCAAGGACAUGCGAGCUGACAUCUGUGUGCACCUGAAUCGCAGAGUGUUCAAGGAGCACCCUGCCUUCCGGCUGGCCAGCGAUGGCUGCCUGCGGGCCUUGGCCAUGGAGUUCCAGACGGUGCACUGCGCCCCAGGGGACCUCAUCUGUCACGCUGGGGAGAGUGUGGACAGCCUCUGCUUCGUGGUCUCAGGCUCCCUGGAGGUGAUCCAGGAUGACGAGGUGGUGGCCAUCCUAGGGAAAGGAGACGUGUUUGGAGAUGUUUUCUGGAAGGAAGCAACGCUGGCACAGUCCUGUGCCAAUGUUAGGGCCCUGACCUACUGCGACCUCCACGUGAUCAAGAGGGACGCCCUGCAGAAAGUGCUGGAGUUCUACACAGCCUUCUCGCACUCCUUCUCCCGGAACCUGAUUCUCACCUACAACCUGAGGAAGAGGAUUGUGUUCCGGAAGAUCAGCGAUGUGAAACGGGAAGAGGAGGAGAGGAUGAAACGAAAGAACGAGGCCCCCCUCAUCCUGCCUCCUGACCACCCUGUCAGGAGACUUUUCCAAAGGUUCCGCCAGCAGAAAGAAGCCAGGCUGGCGGCAGAGCGAGGGGGCCGGGACCCAGACGUGGAGAAGGGUAAUGCCCUCACGGACCAUACCUCAGCCAACCACAGCCUGGCGAAGGCCAGCGUGGUCACGGUGCGUGAGAGCCCCGCCACACCCGUGUCCUUCCAGGCAGCCACCUGCUCCACGGUGUCAGACCAUGCCAAGCUGCACGCACCAGGAUCAGAGUGCCCAGGUCCCAAGGCAGGCAGUGGCGACUGUGCCAAGCGCAAAGGCUGGGCCCGUUUCAAGGAUGCCUGUGGGAAGGGUGAGGACUGGGACCAGGUCUCCAAGGCGGAGUCCAUGGAGACGCUGCCCGAGAGGACAAAGGCGUCGGGCGAGGCCACCCUGAAGAAGACGGACUCCUGUGACAGCGGCAUCACCAAGAGUGACCUGCGUCUGGACAACGUGGGGGAGGCCAGGAGCCCUCAAGACCGGAGCCCCAUCCUGGCUGAGGUCAAGCACUCCUUCUACCCCAUCCCUGAGCAGACGCUGCAGGCCACGGUCCUGGAGGUAAAACAUGAGCUGAAGGAGGAAAUCAAGGCCUUGAACGCCAAGAUGACCACCAUUGAGCAGCAGCUGUCUGAGAUACUCAGGAUACUAAUGUCCAGAGGGGCCUCCCAGUCUCCUCAGGAGGCUCGAGACAGCCCCAGGCCCCAGUCCCCGGAGUCAGACAGAGACAUUUUUGGAGCAAGCUGAGAGGAACAUUUCAGAACAAACAAAAAAAUCACGGACAAAGGCCUGUCCCCUCGCCCUCGACACCCUCACCACCCACACGACCAACAACCUUCAAGGUAGGCUUUUCCUGACAGGAAGUCAAAGUGGGACUAAGUGGCUCAGGUGUGGAUUCAUGGUCUCUGGAAGGCAUAAGAGGAGCACGAGGGGCACAGCACUCUGCAGGAUGGCCGCUGCAUGUGGACAGCCACCGACAGUUACGGAAGAAGGCCACGCUGCCUAGCCAAAGAGCAUUUCCUUCAGCGGGUUUUACCAACGCUGUUUGUAAAAGAUUAAAACUGCCGGAGGAGGACAGUAGCCAUGUGGGAACUCCUGAGAGCCCCGAGAACAGACCACACAGGGCUUCCUCACAAGCCCCCCAAGACCACGACAGGUGCAGGGACUUUUGGGCAUUCACCCCCUGGGUCUGACGUCACCAUCUGUUUUCCUACUCUUGCCAUUUGUAACAAACUUGCAAUAAGGGGAGCUUGAUGGGCAGGAGGGCCUUUGCGCCAUGGAGACGCAGGCUGGGCUCCUCGGGUUCCCUUGCCUGGAAGAGUCGAGGCAAGGGUAAAGGCUGGAGAGGGCCCUCGCUCGGAGCAAGCUCUGUCGUGCGGUCCACAGCCUGCUCCUGACACGGAAGCUCCCACUCUCUGGCGCUCACCAUGCUACAGUAAGGCCUCCUGACUCAAGCUUCUCUGCCCCUGCCUUGACCUUUUCCCAAGCUUGCCAUGGCUCUCCUCAGGGUGUGGGGCACUGACAGGAAGGGGCAGGAGCCCAGCGUUGCUUUCCUAACACACACACACACAACCUCAGAAAACAAUGAUUGUAGCGAGUACUAGGUUUCUAUUUUGAUUCUCGUAGGGAUUUUUGUCCAGCGCAGGGGGUCGCUAGAGGACACGUGGGAACCACACUUAGCCUUAUUUGAAAGCCAACCGAUUUCCUACUCCAGAAAUAAUGGCAGGACCAUGAUCCUUCUCUAGGGAGCUGGAGAGAGUGACGCAUUGGCUUUCAUGAUGUCUCCGUGAUAAGCUGGGAUGUGACGGUCGCAGGGCCGUCUCUGCAGAUUGCCACAUCCUGGCAGGGACACACACUGCCUCGGUCGCUCGAGCUCUCUCGGUGGCAUCCUGGGCCAGAGGAGCUAGCCCAGGUGUGCAUCUGGAGGGGUGGCACGGAGCGUGGCAGGGGUGUAGCAGCGCCAGGGGAGCCUGGAAUCUCGGCUGUGCAGUGAGUGGCAUACACUUAGCGCUAACAGCUUUGACGAUUCAGGGUGUCGGCAUCUUGAACCUGGCACUCAGGACCUGCUCUACCAAAGAGGCAUACCGUUCCUCUUGGUGGCCAUGGCACCUGCCGGGUCUCAAUGCAUGGCUGUCUGUGCAGGAUGGACGGCCCUGGGAGAUCAGGGCUGUGCACGCAUGUAGUUUUUCACACACUGCUUAAGGGCUGGCUCAGGGCAUCCCUAGACCAAGAUACAGCAGCAUUCAGAGAUGCCCACUCUGGGUAAAGCUAGGCCUGCAGCCUCGUGGGCUGCCUGAUGCCAACUGCCUGAGUGUCCCACAAGGGCACGCCUCAUGGAUACUCACCAGCCUGGCGCUGAGGCCUAGGAGCUGCUCAGCUUCGGGGAGGCAGGCCCUGUGGCCAGGCCACACUCAGCCUCAGGAGCACGUGCUUCCAGAGCUCCUUCUGGACCACUUUGGGGUUUAAUGGUUCUCGAGUGUCUUGCCAGCCAGUGGGGCAGCAGCCUGCUGCUCCUUGACAGCUGUCUGAGGUGGGUGGCCCUUCCCCACAGGGGUCUGAGGGAUCCAGAUGCUGGAGUGCCAGUGAGCACUCUCCGAGGUCAAUGCAAAUGAUGUCUGCACCCUUUGGGGUGGGGGGUGGGGUGUCUCUGUCCACCUUGGGGUUCUAGGAGUCUAGGGCCCCAGAGUUCCUGCAGAACGCUUGUGCCUGGCUUCUCUUUUUCCUCAUUUCUCCAGCAGUCUUGCUCUUGAUUGGCCUUUCUGAAGCAAUUCUAAACAAUUCUAAACUCUCACAGCACUCACUGGGCCAGGGGCUGCCUGGUGCCGACUCAGCUUUUAUGAGGUCCCAACCAAGGAGCGCAGGAUGCUGGCCUGCACCUUCCUGUGUGAGCCAUUGUCUGCUGGCUGAGGAGAGCCUAGGAAGCAGAAUUGCCAGGUGUCAGACUGGACACUGAGAUCUUAGACCAACAACUUGGCUCUGCCUCUUAGGAGGGGUCCAGCACGUGCUGGCCACUUGGUCUGAAUGAGCUCCUGUGGCUGCCAUCCACACAAAGUGCCAUUUCCCGGGGGCUGCCCUGACAGGCUAUGGGAGGCGGCCCCACUUGGGCUGACGGCCUGCGCUCUUCCUGCGGGCAUGCAGUAGUGUGGGCACGCUGCCUGUCCGUCGGCCAUGCCACCCCAGAGGCAGCGGCAGUCUCCUCCCCUGUGCAGCCCUCCUGAUGCUCCGAUGUAGGCACACCGACCCCACUUCUCUGCCUGCUUCCAAAGCAGCGCCCAUCGCAGCGGCCUCCCAGCAGGCCUUCUUUCUUGGUUUGGGCACGGAAGGUCAAAGCCAGGCCCUUGCCCAUGCUGGGGAAGAGCUCUGCCACUGAACAGUACCUCCGGCGUCUGGAAGCUUCUGGAAACACAUUCCUUACGUUGUCAUCUGAUUCCUAGGGCCGUGUUAGCGCCUCCGGGCUGCCUCAGCAGCAAGAAUGGUUGGCAAGGGGUAGAGAUACACUGCCCCCCCCACAGGCCUCAGCUUCCAAAUCCUUAAGUGGAAAAGAGAGAAUGUGAAGCCAGGUGUCAGUGUGUGCGGGUCAGAAUAGAGACUGAAUGUACUCUUUAGAAAAAGCAGUCAGAGCCAGACCCUCCGCACCCUGUCACACUGACAGCUCACAGGGACACGCUAGGGCCUCUCCGGAGCCCUGGUGAAGUUACAAAUAAAGAUGUUUAGCCUUAAGACACUUGAAUGGACUCCAGCUGCAGCGGGGUGGGGGCCAGUCCCCUUCCUAGCCCCUCUCCCACUGCUUAGACAGGAGGCCUGCUAGGCCCAGCCCUCGGAGGGCCCUGCUACCGAAAUGUCCGCCGUCGUCACUGCUCCAUUCCUACCUUCUCACUCGAUUCCGUAAAACUGUCUUCACCAGCUCCCGAGCUCUCCACCCGAGCCGUCAGUGCAGUGCACCCCGACCCUGAGCACCCGAGGACCAUUCUCCAGCCAGGGUGUGGGUGUGGAGACCCCCUCCCUGUCCCUCUCACAGUGCAAAGGAGUGAAUUUACCUGCAGCUCACAUCAGUCUUCACACUAGCGCGUCAGAAGCUUAAAGGCAGCCUUAGAAUU